AUGCCUGGUGACGAGUCAACAGGGACUUGCUCCGGAAGGUUCGCCAUCCAGCCGCCAUCAAACUUCAACUUCGAAAGAACGUCCGAAUGGCCGGCAUGGUCGCAAGAAUUUGAUGACUACCGGUUUGCUUCGGGACUGAACGAGCGUAGCGAGGAAGCUCAAGUCAGGACUCUGCUUUACACAAUGGGAAGGCAAGCGAGGACAAUAUUCCAAACCUUCAACUUGUCGGAAGACGACGCCAAGAAAUACGAGGUCGUCAAGGGCAAGUUUGACAAGCACUUCGUUGCUGCUCGCAACAUCGUCUACGAAAGCGCCUGCUUUCACCGCAGAAGCCAGAAUCCCGGAGAGUCCGUCGACAACUUCGUUACAGUUCUGCACACGCUUGCAGACAGGUGCGACUUCGGCACAUUCAAAGAGAGAAUGACUCGCGACCGCUUUGUCGUUGGCCUCAGGGACGCGAAGCUCUCCGAAACGCUGCAAAUGGACGCCGACCUCACGCUAGCAAGUGCCGUUGUCAAGGCCCGUCUCAAGGAAACAGUACAUGAGCAACAGCAUCAGUUGCGAAACAACGCCAGUUCGUCCGUUACUACAAUGGAAACCGACGUAGACGCAGUCGAAAAGAAGAGCGCGUCUUCGCACCCUCUUCAAAAGGAGCAUCAAACGCAUCGCGUCGGGGGAGCGGCACCUGAAGAUCAGCGGUGCCCUUACUGCGGACAAGCGUCGCAUCCCAGGCCGAUGUGCCCGGCCAAGGCAGCCAAGUGUUACCACUGCAGCGUGAAGGGACACUUCAGCGCCGUCUGUCGCAAGAAGGGCUGCACAACGAGCAAGUCCACGUGGCGCGCCGCGUUCCUCUACCCAUGA